GAUGUAAAAUAUAUCUUCUGUGAUAUCUUCCUUUGAUUUGAUUGCUUUUUCCUUGGCGCCAUGAAUUUUUAGUCACGUUUUAUAUAUUUCUUCUUCCAUAAUUUCUUCUUAAAAAUGAGUGCUGAAAAAGACGAAGACUUUUUAAAUCAUGAAGAGGAGGAAGACGUCGAAGAGUUGUUCACUUGUAAAUAUUGCGAAUUUCAAACUAAAAAUAUUGAUGAAUUAGAUGAGCAUAUUAUUAUUCACGAUGAGGCUGUACUUGAAGAAAAUAUCGAAGACGAGAGUGGACAAGAAGAUAAUGUCCAAGUUCAAGCCCAAACCACAAACGCCAAAUUAGAAAAUUCAAAGGCAAACAUAAAAAAGGAAGUUGAAUUUUCUGUGAAGCCUCUGAGAGUAAGACCUAAUACAUUUCUUGGUAUUAGUAAAAGUCCAGUAAGCAGAACAGUUUUUGUUUGUCCUUAUUGUUCUUUACAAACAACUAGAAAAGGUGAAAUGAAUAAACAUUUGGAGACUCAUACAUUACCUGUAGAAGUACCAAUAUAUAGCUGUUCUGAAUGUUCUUAUGCUACGAGAAGAAAGUGCGAUAUGCCUAAGCAUUUACUUACACAUUGCAAGGAUGGAAAUGUUACGAUGUAUCCAUGUCCUCACUGUUCUUAUUCGACUAAAAGGAAAGGAGAUUUGCCUAAACAUUUACUUGGUCACCAGAGUUAUGGAGAUAAUCAAUUUACCUGUCAUCUAUGUCCAUACGUAACCAGACGGAAAGGCGAUUUAAAAAAACAUGUAAUGUCUCAUGAGGCAGAACCUUACAUUAAAGAUGGAUCAAUUUAUAAUUGCACUGAAUGUGGUUAUACUUCAAAGAGAUUAAACGAUCUCCACAAACACGUUGUUCUACAUCGCGAUAAAUUUGAAACUGACUUUUUUAAAUGCACUAAAUGCGAUUACUCCACUUCUGUUAGUAACCAUUUUGCCAAGCACGUGUUGACCAGCUGUCAGUCUCAGGAAAGAAGUAAUACAGUCUCGAACAGGAGUCAGAGUUAUAUUGUAUUAGAGGGGGCAGACAUGGGUAUCUAUAAGCUCAAUAAGAAAGGAGUGGUUAAGAGGAAAAGAGAAAAGGCAGCAGCUGUCGCAGAUUCAGACGAAGAGGAGCAGGAGGAUUUUUUGGUUGAUAGAAACUAUAAGAAACGUAGUAAGGUGGUUGUUUUGGGCGGAUAUGAAGAACCUGAACAAUCGUCUUAGUGAAAUGUCACUUUAAAAAAAUUGCACUUUCUUUAGUUACCAUGGAUGUAAAAUGUAGUGUAUUAAAAUUAAUUAUUAUCGAGUAUCAUUAUCAUGGUGUAUAUAUUAUAGCAUACAAAAGUAAAGCUUAAAAAUUAAAUAUUUCUCAAAGAGAAACAGA